GAGUGGGAAAAGUUCUGGCCUACACAGUGUGCUCCCACUACAGUUUCGCUCAGUGACCUACAGACACACACAAAAAUGGAGAGGACACCGAUAAAGAAAGAGCAAGAUAAGGGGAAGACGGAGGAGGAGGCGGUGCGCCUUCGGAGGGAGAUUGGGCUGCUGCCUGCUGUGUCCUUCAUCAUCGGGACGGUGGUUGGCAGUGGGAUCUUUAUCGCUCCGAAGGGAGUGUUGAUGAACAGUGGCAGCGUGGGGCUGUCUCUGCUGGUGUGGGCGCUGUGUGGCAUCCUGUCCCUGUUUGGGGCCUUAUGUUAUGCUGAACUAGGAACCACUUUCACAAAAUCCGGAGGUCACUACACUUAUCUGCUGGAGACACUGGGGCCCCUACCGGCCUUCUUAAGACUCUGGGUUGAGUUCCUCUUUAUAAGACCAGCUGUGGCGUCCUAUGUCUCUCUAGCUUUUGGACGUUACGUUGUUGAACCUUUAUUUGCACCUUGUCCUGCUCCUUCAGCGCUAAUCAAACUUGUCAGUAUCCUCGGAGUGACGUUUGUUGUUGCCGUUAACUGCUGGAGUGUAAGCAUGGCCUCCCGCACUCAGGUCACCUUGACCUUCAUUAAGAUGUUUGCGCUGGUACUCAUAAUUAUUCCUGGGGUCAUAGCUCUAGCAAAAGGAAAGACAGAAAAUUUCCAGAAUGGAUUUGAGUUGGAGUCCAUAACUCUGGACAGGCUUCCACUGGCUUUCUAUAAUGGUUUAUAUGCAUACGGUGGAUGGUUUUAUCUGAACUUUGUCACAGAAGAAGUAAUAAAUCCAAAUAGAAACAUCCCUUUGGCAAUAAUCUGCUCCAUGGUGACGGUGACAGUGUUUUACGUGCUUGUAAAUGUGGCCUACUACACCGUGAUGACGCCCGCUGAGCUGCUGCUGUCUGAUGCAGUGGCUGUGACGUUUGCAAACUGUGCUCUUCAGGGCCUGGCCUCAGUGAUUCCCAUUCUGGUCGCUCUAUCUUGCCUUGGAGCUCUCAAUGGCGGCUUCUUCGGGUCACCCAGGAUGCUGUUUGUGGGUGCCAGAGAAGGCCACUGGCCGCCGAUCUUUUCCAUGAUUCAUAUCCGACAACACACACCUUUACCUGCAGUGCUCCUCCUGUAUCCAUUGGUGGUGGUGAUGUUAAUCACUGGGGAAAUCUACCAGCUCAUCAACUUUGCCUCUUUUUCACGCUGGUUCUUCAUCGCCCUGGCAACCUUGGGCAUGCUCAUCCAUCGAUACCGCUUCCCCCACCACCCAAGGCCCUUCAAGGUCCCUUUGGUCAUUGCGGUCACCUUCACAGUGGUUUGCUUCUUCAUUGUGGGUUUCUCGCUUUAUUCGGACCCCUGGAACACGGGGCGGAGCUGUGCCCUCACUCUAACAGGAGUUCCAGUUUACUACAUGACUGUCCAUCGCUUUCGGGUGCCACAUAGAUUAACGCACAUUUUCAAUUAUUGCAGUAAGCAGCUGCAGAUCCUACUGGAAGUGGCUCAACAAGACGUCCAGACAUACUGAAGACAGUCAAGACAUUUAAGUUUCCACUGACAAUCUUUGUGGAUUACACCUUUCUGAGAGAGUCCAAACUAACUAACUAAAAUACUUCUUUUUGUACAAGAAAACAUUAAAAAGAAUAUUUGUAACAGA